GCAUAAGAAACAAAACCACCGCGAAUGCGCGAGUCAAACCAGUUGAAAUCCCUCCCUCCAAAUUACAAUAUAUCUUUCUCAUCCUCUCACUCGCGCAUUCCAAGUCUUCCCCUCACAAUCAGUUUUUCCCUUCUUUUACUACUCACGCAAAAGCCUCUCCAGAUAUUUUUCCUUCCUCGCUUCUUUACGAUUCCCAACUUUCCAUUCUGGUGUUCCCGAGCUACGAUGCCACAGGUGGAUUUAGAAACACUCGUUUCGGCAUGUGCUGGCGGAUCCAGCUGCGACCGCAAAAUUGCCUGCGAGACCCUCGCCGACCACGCUGAUUCGCCACCCGAAGCAAUCUGGCUCUCUAGGGACGAGGAGUACGACUGGUGGGAUCGCAACGCUGUGUACGAGCGCAAGGAAUCCACCAAGGGCAAUUCCAACUCCACCAACUUGAACCCCAAUUCAAACUCCAAUUCUCAGCGCUUCUCUUCGAAUUUUACGUCCAAGGCUUCCAUCAUUGGAUUGCCCAAGCCUCAGAAAACCUCCUUCUUCGUGGACGCCAAGAACCGCCGAAGCCACAAGCCGGGCAACGCGCGAUUGUUUCCGAAACGGAGCACGUCGGUUGGAAAAUCCGAAUCAGCGGUGAUCGAACCGUCUUCGCCUAAGGUAUCCUGUAUGGGAAGAGUGAAAUCCAAGAGGGAUCGGAACCGCAGGUUAAGAAAUCGCCAAAGGCCUUCCUCUGAAUCUGCCACAACACCAGAAAAAUCGGCCAGGAGCGGAAGGCGGAAAUACGGUUUCUUGGAAAGUUUCCGGGCUAUGUUCCGGUCCAAUCGCAAAGAAAAUUCGGUCCAGAAGUCCGAUCUUGAACCGGUGGGUUCGGCUCCAAGAAGUGAGAGCAAGAACACACAUCCGCACGAUAAAUGGGCAAGCGGUAAAGAGGCAUCAUUGUCGGAGUUGAUGCCAAGAAAUAGCGUAUCGGAGAGCGAACCCCCCGGUUUGGAUGGGAUGAUGCGGUUCGCGUCAGGGAGGCGGUCUGAGUCGUGGGGAUUAGGUGGUUCUGAAAUCCACGCUACAUCAUAGAUUGGCCACGGUAACCACUCCGGCGAACCCUAUGGGUGGGCCCGUUGGAGCAAGUGGUUUGUACAUUUCGCGGGGCCCAACUCAUUUUAAACAGUCGUUGGGGUGACGUGGCACAAUGAAUAACGGUAUCAACUGUUUUCCAUUUCCCCCCACAAGGUGAAUGUUAAGCUUUCUACUGUCUUGCAGUCUGCAUGUUAUUUUUGUCUAUGGCCAGGCCAAAUAGUGCUCCUUAUUUCACUCCCCUCGUUUUGCGAUAAAGUUUUUGUAAAUACAUACGAGUGUUUUUGAGGUGGGCAGUUGUAAAUUUUCUGUUGGCAGUUUCAUUGAUAAUGACUACUCUUCAUA